GAAAAGGUUUCCCCGACAGCGGAGCUCCGAGAGGAAGCAGCGCCGCCGCCUGCGCUAGGCAAAGCAAGGCAGGGCGAGCGGAACCUGCCGGCUGAUUACGCGUCUGGCUGCUCAGCAACUCCUCCCCUACCUGAACAGGGAGCGGCGCGCGAGCCCCGCCUCGCCUGGCAGCAGGUUCUCCCCCCCCCCUUCCGCCUGCCUCGCUCGCUCUUCUCCGGGCGUUUUGUAACAACUUCGGCAACGCCGCGCCGAGGCAGGCCGGGCAAAGGUCGGGCGCGCCUUCCUCUUUCGCCGACGCUCCGGCCGCGGUCGCUUCUCUCUCUCGGCCGCCUUGCUUGCCAUGUGGCCCGGGCCCUCGUUGUAAACGCUGCUCGACUUUCUUCGCCGCCGCCGCCCCGGACUUUCGUAUUGUAGCAGGUCUUGGAUGGUUUGGGGACGCGCUCCCGGCUUCGCUUCGCGCCCCUCCUCGCCGUCAGCUGCUGCGCCUUGCCGUGCGCCCCUCGGGAGCUUCGCGUCGGCAGCGAGGACAUGUCGGUGGCGGAGCUCUACACCAAGUAUACGAGGGUUUGGAUUCCUGACCCGGAAGAAGUCUGGAAAUCGGCAGAAAUCAUCAAAGAUUACAAGGAGGGGGAUAAAACUCUGCACCUGAAACUUGAAGAUGAAACGAUCCAAGAAUAUCCUAUUGAUCCUAAAGCCAACAAACUUCCCUUCUUGCGAAAUCCAGAUAUUUUGGUUGGAGAAAAUGACCUGACCGCUUUAAGUUACCUCCAUGAACCUGCAGUCUUGCACAACUUAAAAGUCCGAUUCUUGGAAUCAAACCACAUCUAUACUUACUGUGGUAUUGUGCUCGUUGCCAUUAAUCCCUAUGAACAGUUGCCAAUCUAUGGACAAGAUGUCAUCUAUGCGUACAGUGGCCAAAACAUGGGAGACAUGGAUCCUCAUAUCUUUGCAGUCGCAGAAGAAGCUUAUAAACAAAUGGCCAGGGAUGAGAAGAACCAGUCCAUUAUUGUUAGUGGGGAGUCUGGUGCUGGCAAAACAGUCUCUGCCAAAUAUGCCAUGCGCUUCUUCGCAUCAGUCGGGGGCUCCUCCAGUGAAACCAAUAUUGAAGAGAAGGUCCUGGCUUCCAGUCCUAUCAUGGAGGCAAUCGGCAAUGCGAAAACAACCCGAAAUGAUAAUAGCAGUCGCUUUGGGAAAUACAUUCAGAUUGGCUUUGAUAAAAGAUACCAUAUCAUUGGUGCCAACAUGAGGACAUAUCUGCUGGAGAAAUCAAGAGUUGUAUUCCAGGCAGAUGAUGAGCGAAAUUAUCACAUCUUCUAUCAGCUAUGUGCCUCUGCUGAUCUUCCAGAAUUUAAAGACCUCUCCCUAAUGUGUGCUGAAAACUUUUUCUACACCUCUCUGGGAGGAGACACGUCCAUCGAAGGAGUGAAUGAUGCAAACGACUUUGAGAAAACCAGGCACGCUUUCACUCUGCUUGGAGUGAAGGAAUCCCAUCAGUUGGCCAUUUUCAAGAUACUUGCUGCCAUCCUACACCUUGGAAAUGUGGACCUUCAACCAGAACGUGAUGGAGAGUCCUGCAGUAUAUCAAAACAGGAUGAACACCUGGAUAAGUUUUGCAGAUUGCUGGGAGUGGAGCACAGCCAAAUGGAACACUGGCUUUGCCAUCGGAAACUGGUUACCACUUCGGAGACCUAUAUCAAGAACAUGUCUGUCCAGCAGGUUGUGAAUGCCAGGAAUGCGCUGGCCAAGCACAUUUAUGCCCAGCUGUUCAACUGGAUUGUGCAGCAUAUCAACAAGGCCCUGCACACUACGGUCAAGCAGCAUUCCUUUAUCGGGGUAUUGGACAUUUAUGGGUUUGAAACUUUUGAAGUGAAUAGCUUUGAACAAUUCUGCAUCAACUACGCCAAUGAAAAACUACAGCAGCAGUUCAACUCGCAUGUGUUUAAACUGGAACAAGAGGAAUACAUGAAGGAGGAAAUCCCUUGGACGCUCAUAGAUUUUUAUGACAACCAGCCGUGCAUAGACCUUAUAGAAGCCAAGCUGGGUAUCUUGGACUUGCUGGAUGAAGAAUGCAAGGUCCCCAAGGGAACAGACCAGAACUGGGCUCAGAAAUUGUAUGAUCGCCACAGCAGCAGCCAGCACUUCCAAAAACCUCGCAUGUCAAACAUCUCCUUUAUAGUCGUGCACUUUGCUGAUAAGGUGGAGUACCAAUGUGAUGGAUUUCUGGAGAAAAACAGAGACACUGUACAUGAAGAACAGAUCAAUAUAUUGAAGGCCAGCAAGCACCAAAUGGUAGCCGACUUGUUUCACGAUGAAAAAGAUCCUGUGCCUGCUUCCUUGACUGGAAAAGGAGCUUCCUCGAAAAUCAAUAUCCGCUCUGCCCGUCCAACUGUGAAAGCGGCCAAUAAAGAACAUAAGAAAACAGUUGGGCAUCAGUUCCGUAACUCCUUGCAUUUGCUUAUGGAGACUCUGAACGCCACCACUCCACAUUAUGUACGCUGCAUCAAGCCAAAUGAUGAGAAACUUCCUUUCAGCUUUGAUCCAAAGAGAGCAGUCCAGCAGCUGAGAGCCUGUGGUGUCUUGGAGACUAUCCGCAUCAGUGCAGCUGGCUACCCAUCCAGGUGGACCUACCAUGACUUCUUCAGUAGGUAUCGAGUUCUCAUGAAAAAGAGGGAUCUCUCUAAAAAGAAUGACAAGAAACUGAUUUGUAAAAUGCUACUGGAAAGCCUCAUUAAAGAUCCUGACCAGUUCCAGUUUGGGCGAACCAAGAUAUUUUUCCGUGCGGGCCAGGUGGCAUACUUGGAGAAAUUACGGGCAGAUAAGUUCCGUGCCGCCACCAUCAUGAUACAGAAGACAGUGCGUGGCUGGUUGCAGAGAGUGAAGUACAGGAAGAUGAGAGAGGCAGCAAUUAGAAUCCAGAGGUAUACUCGAGGGCACCUGGCACGCAGACUGGCUGACCAUCUUAGGAAAACGAAAGCAGCAAUUAUUUUCCAGAAACAAUAUCGAAUGCUAAGGAUCCAGCGUGCAUACCAGACAAUCCGUGGAGCCGCCAUCACAAUCCAAGCCUUCACCCGCGGAAUGUUCGUCAGAAAAACCUAUCAAAAGAUGCUCAUGGAGCACAAAGCCACCAUCAUCCAGAAGCACGCCCGGGCCUGGCUGACUCGGAAGCGUUUUGCCAGGUUCCGAUGUGCAGCUGUAGUUGUCCAGUGCUACUUCAGGCGCAUGAAAGCCAGGCAAGAGCUGAAGGCCCUGAAGAUAGAGGCACGGUCAGCUGAGCACUUGAAGAGGCUCAAUAUUGGCAUGGAGAACAAGGUUGUUCAGCUGCAGAGGAAGAUAGAUGAACAGAACAAAGAAUACAGGUUCCUGAACGAGCAGCUGUCUUCAGCCACCUCUGUUCAUUCCACUGAGAUGGAAAAGCUGAAGAAGGAACUGGAACAAUAUCAGAGGAAGAAGGGAGACGGCAACCAGCUUGCCAGCUUGCAAGAAGAAAUUGACUCUCUCCGGUUGGCCUUGGAAAAAGCUCAUGGGGAAAGAAAGAUAGUAGAAGACACCUACAUGAAGGAGAAAGAUGUGCUCCAAAAGCGGAUAUCAGACUUAGAAGAAGAGAAUGGGCUGCUGAAGCAGGAAAAAGAGGAGCUUAACAUCAAAAUCUUGUGUCAGUCAGAAGAUGAAUUUGCACGAAAUGCUGUUGAAGAAAAUCUCCUGAUGAAGAAAGAGCUAGAAGAGGAGAGAGUUCGUUACCAGAACCUUGUGAAGGAGUAUUCGAGGCUAGAGCAGAGAUAUGACAACUUAAGGGAUGAGAUGACUAUCAUAAAGCAAACCCCAGGUCACAGAAGAAAUCCAUCUAACCAAAGCAGCCUGGAAUCGGACUCCAACUACCCAUCAAUUUCUACAUCUGAGAUUGGAGAUACAGAAGAUGCAAUACAGCAAGUGGAGGAAGUUGGCAUGGAGAAGGCAGCCAUGGACAUGACCCUCUUCCUCAAGCUUCAGAAGAGAGUGCGGGAACUCGAACAGGAGAGAAAGAAACUGCAAAGCCAACUGGAGAAGAGGGAAAAUGAAAGCAAAAAAUCGCAGGUAAUUGAAAUGAAGAACGAAAUGGAUUUGGACUGCGAUACGGAUCUAGCAUACAACAGUCUGAAGAGGCAAGAGUUAGAAUCUGAGAACAAGAAACUGAAAAAUGACCUUAACGAGCUGAGGAAGGCUAUAGUGGAUCGGGUGGCUCAGAACAACUCUUCCAACGAUGUUCACGACAGUUACAGCCUCCUCCUGAAUCAGCUCAAGUCUGCUAACGAAGAGCUGGAAGUGCGGAAGGAAGAGGUGCUUAUUCUAAGGACCCAGAUUAUAAAGGCAGCCCAGCAAAAAGAUUCAGGCAGAAAUAUGGAGUCACACAUCAACAUGCAAACCAGCUGGCCCAAUAGUGACAAGCAUGUGGAUCCAGAAGAUGCAAUAGAGGCCUAUCAUGGAGUAUGUCAGACAAACCGGCUCCUUGAGGCUCAGCUCCAGGACCAGCGGAGAGAGCAUGAAGAGGAAGUAGAAACUCUGAAGAACCAAAUGGAGGCUUUGAAGGAAGAGAUGGAGAAACAGCAGGAAGCCUUCUUCCAGACGCUGCAGCUGUCUCCAGAAGCCCAAGUGGAGUUUGGAAUACAGCAAGAAAUCACACGGCUGACCAAUGAAAACCUGGAUCUCAAAGAGCUGCUAGAAAAACUAGAGAAGAAUGAAAGGAAGCUGAAAAAGCAGCUCAAGAUUUACAUGAAGAAAGUCCAAGAUUACGAAGCAGAUCAAGCUAUCGUACAGUCUGAAAAGCGGCGGCAUGAGCUCACCAGACAGGUCACUGUCCAAAGGAAGGAGAAAGAUUUCCAAGGAAUGUUGGAAUAUUGCAAAGAAGACGAGCCACUACUAAUUAGAAAUCUCAUUACAGACCUGAAGCUCCAAACGGUCUCUGCCACGGUCCCCUGUCUUCCUGCCUACAUCCUUUACAUGUGCAUCAGGCACUCAGAUUAUAUUAAUGAUGAUCAUAAAGUGCACUCCUUGCUUACCUCUACCAUCAAUGGCAUUAAAAAAGUAUUAAAGAAACAUAACGAUGACUUUGAGAUGACAUCAUUUUGGCUGGCUAACACCUGUCGCCUUCUUCAUUGUCUGAAGCAAUACAGCGGAGAUACGGGUUUUACGACCCAAAAUACCGUGAAGCAGAAUGAACAUUGUCUGAAGAACUUUGACCUCACUGAGUAUCGCCAGGUCCUAAGUGAUCUCUCCAUUCAGAUCUACCAGCAGCUUAUUAAAAUUGCAGAAGGCAUCUUGCAGCCCAUGAUAGUGACUGCAGUGCUGGAAAACGAGAGCAUCCAGGGCCUGUCAGGUGUGAAGCCAAUGGGUUACCGGAAGCGAAGCUCCAGCAUGGGAGACAGCGACAACUCAUACAGCUUGGAGGCGAUCAUUCAUCAACUGAACACAUUUCAUAGCAACAUGUAUGACCAGGGCCUCGACCCCGAGAUCAUCCAGCAGGCCGUUAAGCAGCUCUUCUACAUGAUCAAUGCUGUGGCCUUGAACAAUCUCCUGCUGAGGAAGGAUGUCUGCUCUUGGAGUACAGGGGUGCAACUCAGGUUUAAUAUCAGCCAGCUGGAGGAAUGGUUGCGAGGGAAGAAUCUGCAGCAGAGCGGGGCUGCCAAGACCUUGGAGCCUCUGAUCCAGGCAGCGCAGCUCUUGCAGCUGAAAAAGAAAACCCCAGAAGAUGCAGAGGCUUUAUGUUCCUUAUGCACAUCCCUCACCACACAGCAGAUUGUAAAAAUCCUCAAUCUCUACACUCCUGUGAACGAAUUUGAAGAGCGAGUGACGGUAGCCUUCAUAAGAAACAUUCAGGCACAUUUGCAAGAGCGGAAUGACCCUCCUCAGCUACUGUUAGACUUCAAGUUCAUGUUCCCCGUUUUGUUUCCAUUCAACCCUUCCUCUCUAACCAUGGACUCUAUUCACAUCCCUGCUUCUCUCAGCCUGGAAUUCCUUAACAAAGUUUGAAGAUAUUAUAUUGACUCCCAGCCCAUUUCCUAAGAGUUAAAGCAAAAAAAAAAAGAGGAAUUUAAGGAUCUCUUCAAAAGUGGACCAAAUGAAUGGUUAAUGAACCAAUACACUUUAGUGAAUCAGUGCUAAAUUUUAUGGCAUAAGAAGCUAAUCCUGUAUUUUGGUUAUAUGCUUUUUAGUUUGUAUGGAGGGCUUUUGGGGGGGGGGAUUUUGCUGCUAAGAAUACUUGAAACAAGAGGGGGUUUGUACCACUUGAUACUAUGCUAAAAAUAUUGCCUCCUAGCUGUCAUUAAGGCACUAGCAUCGGUAACCACUAUUUUGAUUUUCAUAAAUAACGGUUUAAGAAAUUCUACCCUGAAAUAAUAGAAGCCAAGAUGGCCACACAUCUUUCUCUUGUUCAUGGUUAUGGGUUUUGCUUCAAUUUCUGAGUUACUGCUGCUGCCGCCCACUGUUUUUAAAAUGAUCAUUUUGGAAAAGAAAGCUGCAAUAGGCCAAACUAAGAAUUAUGUAGCCUGGAAGAAAACUAACUGGUGGAGCGAACAACACUUUUUAUUUGCAACUGGGGCUCAAGAAGGUGGUUGUGGUUGUUUUCCCAGCUUCCUCAAAUACAAAUUUGUAUGGGCCAUAACCUAGGAGCACACACUGGGGCAAUUCCAGUCCGCCUUCAGUAUCAAGCGGCCAUAAAUAUUUCUUUCACAUGGAACACUGAGAAAGAGGGAACUAAGCUCUGCAUGAGCUCAGCCCCAUCAUGAUGAUUCCACUGCAGGCUGCUGUAGGUUAUUCAGAAGAUUUAUGUUUCUUUAAUCCAAUUAAUAUAUAUGAGACUAAUUUGAUUUUCCGUGAUUGUGAGAAAAGGUAGUACAGUGUGCAAGGUCCAUCAUACUUCACAAAAAGGACAAUUCCUGGCCGUGAUAGUUGAAGAGCUCUUACAGUUACUAGUGGCAGGACCAAUCUGCAGGACAAGUGCCCCCGCUCAGCAAUGAAUCAUUGUGAAGCCAACAUGCGAUCUCAUGAAGCUUCCAUAGGACAGGCUGGGCAAUCAGAAUGGCACAUAGCUUCAGCCAAGCCAGCUAUGGAGGGUACUGUUUCAUAUCAUGGAAAAAGUCAUGUGAUGCUUUGGUAACAAAAUGUUGGUUGACAGAGAAGCCUUUUGAGAGAACUAGAGGGAGGUAUUAGCACUGAUUGCCUUGUAUCUUUAUCAUCAUUUUGAAGCAAACAAGAAAAUUAAUUUUACUUCAGAACAGUACUGGCUUAACAGCUCCACUUCCCCAUCAGGGACCUGGUUGCCCGAUGAAAUGUGGCUUAAGAAACUGGAUAUGCAUGAACUCCAUGCACUGACACGCAGCCCUUUCAGGUGAAUGGGGCAAUAACCCAAGAAACCACUGAUAACCAUGGCUUCCCACUACAUGCAAACCAGGAAACUAUGGGUAAUGGCUUCCAAACAGCCCAUGGUUUCAUAUCCUAGUUUUGUUUGAAAGACAUCCACCAGUUUCUGGGUUUGCAUAUAACAGGGAAGCCAUGGUUAACUGUGGCUUCCUGACUUUUUUCUCUUCCUGUGCAAAGGGGGAACAAAGUGGCUCCAUGGAGCUGCAUGCAGAUCCUAACUUGUUAAGCUAAGGUCUGAUUGUGUGAACAUGGCCCGUGUAACCAAUAAAAACUACUCCCCCAACUUUAUCACCAAUAUCUAAAGUAAAUAGUUUUCUCAACCCCCUAUUAUUUGGACAUUAAAGUACAUCUGCAACGCCUACCUAUUCCGUUGCCCUCAAAACAAAGUUUCCAAAGGCCUACAUCAAAUUUUACCUACAUCAAAUAACAUCAGAAUGAGAAACGCAGAGCCGCUUCCUAUAACUUGCACUUAGCGGCUAGCCAACUGGUUGUAGGACACAGACUUAAACAAUGUGGCAGCUCUUUUCAAAAUGUGUAAGAGCCAUGCCGAAAUCCUUCUUACACACUUUACCCUUGCAUCGCCGGCAGUAGAUUUUUGAUGGGAGUACUUUUACAAAACUAACAGUAUCUCCCUUAUAACAGAAUGCAGUUUUACUAAUGAAUUGAUCCUAAAGCAUUCUGAUCUAAUUCAGGAAAGAAUUGGAGCACUUGCCCACUUUUUAAGCAGAUAAUUAGUCUUACUUAGCUCUUUUUAAAAGUUCAGCAGUCUACAUGUUCAAGUCUUGCUGAUUCAGGUUAUGUUGCAGUACUGAGUCCUUGGAAAUGCAGAGAGAGAAACGAGCAAAACCCCACAGUCACCUUGUACACAAAAAAACCAUUGCUUUCAUGCAGCAUAUUGAAUGUGCACUUAUUCAGAUGCUGCUGCAACACUUAGUACAUGAAUAUUGUUAGGCAGAGGUUAUAACAAAAAACAAAUGGUUGGAAAGACUAGGAACUGUGGCUCAGUAUCACUUUUCGUAUUCCUAAUUCAUAGUAUAGUGAAAGGAUAAACCAGUAACCAUGGCAAAUAGCGGCUGCUUCUUCAUACAUUGAGAUAUUUCUCCUUCAGCUGACAGUGCCUUCGGCUUCUGUUGUAGCUUUUUGCCCUUGCCAAGGGUGCCCAGUUAGGUUUCAGCCAAUCGUGUGAUACUCUCUGUAGCAAACAACCAACAAUGCUCUAGUCAAGAGAAUUUCUCCCUAUAACUGCUCAUUCACAUCCUUACUUGGGUGUAGAAUACCAAGUUCCCAUAGCAAACUUUGCCUCUUUCUCUUGGGAUUUCCUUUAUGCAGCAAACUAAUUUCCUUUAUGGAGCAAACGUAAAAGAACCUGCACCCAACAGUUGGUGGAGAUUCACUCAAGUAAGGAAAAAAGGGUGGAAGAUCCUUUAUGCUUAGGUAUGCCAGCUCUGUGGCUCCUAAGCUUGACAGAACAAGGAAGCGCAACCAGUGUGUUGCCUCCACCGAACAAAGCCAUUCUUCUUGACCUUGGCAAACAUUUCUCUUUUUACUACUACUGACUUUUUCCAUCAUGAUGAAAACAUUUCCAUUGAACUUUGCUUUUUAAGAAAUAAUAAAUUCAAGACAAUUCUCUUUCUUCAGCCAAUGCACAGUCAUGGUCAAUCAAAUAAUACAAAAACAAGGCUUAGUCUUAGGUAGCAGCAUCCAAGCCACAGACACUACUGCAGCAGCCAGGUAAUUUUAUUUCUGCAUUAUGGCAGGUGGCUUCCCAAGAUCCAAUCUUCCAUCUCUCACAAAACAAGCCGGAGGUUGGGGCACUCUGCCAAUUGUGAUGGGAUAGAGCAUCUGCCACCUAAAAAAAUAAUAAUAAAGGAAGGGGUGAACUGGGUGACCGCUCCUGAUUUUCUCCAGUGUCAUGCAGAAUUUAGUGUUGCCCUGUGCUCUAGACAAAGCAGAAACGUCCCAGCUGUAACUUAAUCACUGUAGUUUCCAAAUGCAUCACUAAACAGAAAAAUUAUAAAGUGUGGCUAAUGUUCUUCCAGAGGAUAAUGGUAUUUCACUGCAGCACUGCAAGGAAAUUUUAUUUAUAUUAUGUAUUAUAUUUGUGUAUAUUUUAAAAAUCUGUUAGUAUAGAAAGAGCUAUGAACUGAGUAAAUAUCUGUAAUAUUUAAUUUAUCUGCAAACUUGGAUUUUCAGAAGGAUCUCGUUAAAUAACUUUGAUGUA